AUGCCUGCAACUCCUAGGGGCCGCUUCGAGGCCUCGAAGAUCUCUUCACGUUCCCCUGACAGCAUGAAGACUGAUGAGGGUGUUUGUAGCGGAGCAGCAAAAAGCGCGAGACGCCUACCAACAGCAACAGCAGCAGCAGCAGGAUCAGGAUCAUCAUCAGCUGCAGCAGCAGCGGGAGCAGCAGGGAAUAACUCUGCUAACUCUGCUGCAUUAACUGCUCCUUCUGCUGCCUCUGUCGAGUUCAUUGGGGCUGAAGCUUAUGUUGAGAUCGACCCCAAACAAAUAGAAAGACAAAGAAGUGCAAAUAAUGCUAUCCGUUCUUUAUUAGAAAAACGCAGAGAGGCAAAGGCCAGCAGUGGGGGCCCCCAGGGGGCCCCCUAUGACGGAGCAGGAGGGCUAAUGCAUGCAGCAGUAUCAUCUUCAAGAGAGACAGAUAAAUUUAAAAAUGCUGCAACGGCUUCUGCUGAGACUGCAGACACUGCAGCAGGAAGCACUGAAGCCAGCAGUGAAGCUGCUGCUGCAGCAGACGCAGAGGCAGCACCAGGGGGUCGGGAUCGGGAUCGUCUCCCGCUGAUGCUCCCUGAGUUCACCUUGCUGCCAGAGCUGCCGGAGGCGCCGCCUUCGCCGCAGCACCGGCCACUGCAGCCGUGGCAGCUGCAGCAGCACGGGAAGCUGCUGCGGCUGCAGCAGCAGCAGCUGCAGCAGCACAACACCUGGCACAGAGAGAGAGGCUCUUCACGGGGCCCAUUGCCUUUGAAAAGAGACAGACGGAGAAUGGAAGCAGCAGCACAAGCUGAGGAAUGCGCUGCUGCAGUUGCAGCAGCAGGAGCAGCAGCAGCAGCAGCAGGAGCAGACUUCUUCGGAAGGCUGCAUGCAGAGUGCGUCGCUCUGCUGCAGCUGCUGAUACCCAGCGAGGAAGAAGAAGCAAGAAAACGAGAGGCAGCAGGACGGGUGCAAGCUGUCUGUAGACGCCUGUUUAAAGAUUGUUUUGUUGAAGUCUUUGGAUCUUCUUUUACCGCGCUGGAUCUCCCUGGCAGCGAUCUAGAUAUUUGCGCAUUUGCAGAUACGAAGCCCCCCCACAUAGACCUCUACCGCUGCAGCCAGUGUCUUUGCUGCAGCAUCAGCAGCAGGAGCAGGAGCAGCAGCAGCAGUAGCAGUAGCAGUAGUAGUAGUAGUAGUAGUAGUAGUAGUAGCAGCAGCAGCAAGUUUCGAGGGACCCCGACGCCCAACUCCUGCGGCAGGGAAGCAGCGAGCGCAGUGCGGUGCUGCUGCUUCCGUUUGCAUGGUGGUGCUGCUGCUGCUGCUGAUAAGAAAGGGAUGUGCAGCAGCAGCUGCCGGCACGGGGGCGAUGAGGGCCUUCGCUUGCUGCUGGGAUCAGCAGCAAAUGAUGCAGAAGAAGAUCGCUACGGUAGAGACAGGAAGGUUGAUAAUAUUUGUCGUUUUGUGCGGUUCCUGCGGGAGCUGAAUGCAGCGGCAGCAGCCGCUGCUACGGGGCGUGCUGGAGGGGCUGGCGGCGAGCAGCAGCAGCAGAGUGGUGCUGCUGCUGCUCCGUCUGCUGCUUUGUUUGCUUAUCGCAUUGAGCCCAUCCUUAAGGCUCGAGUUCCCAUUUGCAAAUUUAAAGAUGCAGCAACUGGGGUGUCUGUUGACCUCAGCUUUGAUCAGCCUUCUGCUCUACUGACGUCUCUUCAUGUUCGCUACAAACUCGAUGAAUUCCCGCUGCUACGUCCUCUGGUGCUGCUGAACAAGUUGCUGCUGCGGCAUUUAGAUUUGCACGAGCCGUUUAAAGGAGGUGUGGGUUCUUACUUGUUGUUUACGAUGUGUCUGCACUUUCUCCAGAAUAACCCCCACUUACGCGAUGCGAAGCAACAUCGGCAUUUGAAUUUGGGGCAUUUGCUGUUUCAGUUCCUGCAUUAUUUCGGCUGUCAGUUCAACUACGCCAACAACACCAUCAGCGUUCGAGAUAACGGGGGGCUGUGGCCUAAACGGGGCGCCAGUAGCAGAGGCUCACAGAUGAUGCGGCUGAGUGCAGAGAGUCCGCUGGACCGUUCGAGGGAUAUCGGAUCCACCGCUCACAAGAUAAUGGCUGUGCGCGCUGCUUGGCGCCGUGCGUAUUUGCUCCUCGCCUCCCGCCUGACAUCAGAGGUGCGAAGUGGAGCUGCUGCUGCUGCUGCAGAAGGAGAAAGAGAAGAAAAGGAAGAAGAAAAAGAAGACAAGCCAGGCUCCAAAUCAGCAAAUAGGCCCCAGCAUGGUGGGGAACCGCUCUUGAGCUGCUUCUUCGGCGACUCGUGGCCGGAAGGGCUGGGACCCAAGCGCAACAGCAGCAGCAGCAGCAGCAGAAAAAGCAGCGAAAGGGGGGAUAAUGGCGAGGGUUGCGGUAUUGCGAGUCCCCGGCCUGGCAUUUGGGUGACACGAGCCGUUCAAAAGGAAACGGAUUCAGCGGUGCAGCGCAUCCUGGAUGCAUCUAAAGAAAUGCGGAAAAAGUCUGAGGGGCGCAUCUACCCGGUUUCGUUGCCUAAGACAUUUGUUGAAUUUUCAGAACAAGAAAUCAGCAGCGAAGAGGAAGUCUCGGAAACAAGCACAGAUAGUGACACAGCAGAAGAAGUGCAUAAAUUCCCUUGGAUGCGCCGAAAGCAACAGCAGCAACAGCAACAGCAGCAGCAGGCCGGGAAGCAAAAGCAUUCCCGACAAGGCGACUCUCGUAAACAUGAUACUGACUCUUCUCCCAGCAGCAGCCCCCGCCAUAGCCCCGUACGCGGUGCUGCUGGAGCUGCAAAUGCAGAUAUUCCGUUUGGAGCUAAAGCCACAAACUCUAGGAAGGCAGCACCUGCGCGCACCGCCGAGUCUGCGGAGGCCUCAGACAGGUUUUCUUCUGUUAUUUGCCUCGAUGGCAGCAGCGACGGCGACUCCAGCGUAGUGGAAGUGCAGCCACCGCACCCCGCAAAGGAAGCCAACCGCAAAAAGAGGAAAAAGCGCAAGCAUCGUCAGGCGCAGCAGCGGGAGAAACUCCGGAAGAGUGAGAAGGAAGCUGUAGAAGUUUCGAAGUGGGCUCGUACCCACUGA